CAUCUUCUCCAAAGGUUUAUACUUUCUGUUUUUUUACAAUCUCCUUCAAAAAUUACAACUUUUUUUUUUCUAAGAGAAAAUGAAGAGAAAAUCACAAACACCCAUUGAAACAGAGGAAUUUCUGCACACCAUGCCAAGAUUUCCAUCCAAUUUCAUGGGGAAAUCUCAACCACCGACUCUAGAAGUAAUAACAGCAGCCACCAUUCUGUACAGCUUCACAAACCCACAGGUUUAUGAACAAAAAAAAUAUGUUUUUUCACCCCCAAGAAUUGCAUUACAAGAACGACCUGAUGUUCUUCCAUUUCAUGGCGGUGGUGGUGUCAAACAUGAGCAAUUGCAGAGAGAAAUCAUGAAUCCAUCUCAUGGCGGUGGUGUGAAAUAUGAACAAUUGAAGAGAGAAAUCAUGAAUAAAGCAGAGAACAAAAUUGUAGUUUCAAGAAAAAAAGAGUUAACAAGAAGUGAUUGUCUUGAUUCUCAAGGAAGAUUAAUGUUACCAAGAUCAUUUAUUAAAGAUGAAGUGAAGCCAUUACUGAAUGAGGAUGAGAGUCUUGAAGAUGGAAUUGAUGUCAAAGUAUAUAACAAUCAAUUGCAGAAAUUUGAUAUGGUGUUUAGGAGUUGGGCUGGCAGUAAAGUUUAUAUUCUUCGUAGUGAUUGGAAUAAGUUUUAUCAUGAAAAUGGUUUGGAAAAGGAGAUGAAUGUUGAAAUAUGUGUUUUUCGGCAUGCUGUGACUGGGAAGAUUUGUUUUGCUGUGUUGAGAAUUUAAAGAACAGAUUUUUGGGUUGCUGAAACAGAGGAGGAAAAGGUUGAAGAACAGAGGAAUUAGGAUGAAGAAAAGGGGUAAAGAUUAGGGCUUUUUGGUAUAUACAUAUAGUAUUUCAAUUUCUCCGUAGAUAUAAAGAGAUUUUGAUUUUAUUAGGCUAUUUUGCUAAUUUUGUGUUCAUAUGAACAAAGUUUAA